GGAGCAUCGAUCGAUCGAACAAACAAGAGGAAGAGGAUUGUAAAUUUAGUAAUAAACGAGGGGAUGUCUGUUAUGGAUGAGUUGUAGAGAGUUUUUUGUUUUUUAAACUCUUGUUUGGUCUGUUGAAGGUUUUAACAAUGGCAGCCGAUUCGGGCUUAAGUGAUCUUUCUCCCAUGGCGCUUCUGAAGGCUUUGCUGGACUUGGGUCAUGAGAUUUCUGCUUGUUCGAAGCCCAGGGCCUGUCAGAGGAGAAAUGCUAGUGCCAUAGCCAGGAGAAUUAAGGUUCUCUGUGUUCUGUUUGAUGAAAUUACAGAGCCCCGCCAUGCUCUUGCGCUUCCCCCUUCGGCGAUUCUGUGUUUAAGAGAGAUGCAUGUUAUGUUCCAGAGGACCAAGUGCGUUUUGGAGGAGUGGACGAGCUGGAGUAGUGUGUGGCUUCUCAUGCAGACCGAAACAGCCGCCGGUCAAUUCCACCGGUUGACCCAGGACAUGGCGACGGCCCUGGAUGUUUUGCCCCUGAGAUUGAUGGAUUUAACAGAGGAAGUCAGAGAGCAGGUUGAGCUGCUUCACAGACAGGCAAGACGGGCCAAAGUUUUUGUCGACCCGGCGGAGGAGAAGCUCCGGGGGGAGGUUUUGUCGGUGCUGGAUCAGUUUGAAAAAGAAAUCGUCCCUGAGGAGGAGAAAUUGAGAGGGAUUUUUGAUGCUCUGGAGAUCACAGAUUCCAGAGGAUGUGUUCGUGAGAUUCGGCUCUUGGAAGAGGAGCUGCGGAAACAGAGUGGGUGUGUGAAUGAGGCCUCUGUUUCGAUGAUCAACAGUCUGAUCGGGCUCAUGCGUUACUGCAAAUGUGUGCUUUUUGGGGUCUCAGAGGACUGUGCGGCGGCUGAGCCUGCGGCUCCGGAUUUGGGCAUUUCGAGCUCGAUUGAAUCCAUUCCGGAUGAUUUCAAGUGCCCGAUUUCCCUCGACCUGAUGCGCGACCCUGCGAUUGUAGCCACGGGGCAGACCUACGACCGGGCUUCGAUCACCAGAUGGAUUGAAGAAGGCCAUUCGACGUGCCCCAAAUCGGGGCAAAAGCUUCUGCACACGAAUCUCAUCCCCAACAACGCACUCCGCAGCCUGAUCGAGCGCUGGUGCGAGAAGCACAAUGUUCCGUUCGAGAAACCAGAGAAAAACGCCUGCAAAGCCGCGCUGGAAAGCAUUGCAACCCCAAAAGCGGCGCUCGAGGCCACAAAAAUGACGGCGGCAUUUCUGGUCGAAAAGCUCGGAACAGGAACACCAGAUGUGAAAAAGCAAGUCGCCUAUGAGCUCCGGUUGCUGGCCAAAUGCGGGAUGGACAACAGAGCAUGCAUAGCAGAAGCAGGGGCGAUUCCAUUGCUGUUACCCCUCUUAUCCUCCACCGACCCAAAAUCCCAAGAAAACGCAGUAACAGCGCUCCUGAAUCUCUCAAUCUACGAGACCAACAAGGUAAAAAUCGUCGAAUCCGGGUGUUUGGAACCCAUAAUCCAGGUUCUCAAAGAGGGCAAAAGCAUGGAGGCGCGAGAAAACGCCGCAGCGACUCUGUUCAGUCUCUCAGUGGUCGACGAAUACAAACGCCUAAUCGGCGACCAAGCAGACGCCAUUCCAGCACUGGUCGAACUCCUCCGAAAGGGGAGCGCAAGGGGCAAACGAGACGCCGCCACAGCGCUGUUCAAUCUGUCAAUCUACAGAGGCAACGAUGUGAAGACCGUGGCGGCGGGCGCAGUACCGUUGCUGGUGAGCCUCCUGACAGACGAACGACCCUCAUUAACAGACGACGCACUGGCCGUUCUGGCCGUUCUGGCGAGUCGCGUUGAAGGGUUGGUGGAAAUCCAAAAGUCAUGCGCGAUUCCUGUGCUUGUUAGCCUGCUCCGUUGCGCCGCCACAUCGAGGGCGAAGGAAAAUGCAAUGGCGGUUCUGGUGGCGUUGUGCCGCAGUGGGGGCAACGAUAUAGUGAACCAGGUGGUGUCGAUUCCGUCGCUGGUGCCUUCCAUGUACACGUUGCUCACCGGCGGCACGCCACGUGCGAAGCGCAAGGCACGAUCGCUCUUCAAAAUCUUGCAGCGGCGGGAUUCUCCCGCCGCAAUUCUGCACUCCAUUAUUACUUCCACUACUACUACUACUGCAAAUUCAACAACAAUCACUACGUUGCGUUAGUAAAUUGCCCACAAUUUUGUUCUCUGGUUUUUUUUCUUCUUCUUGGGGUCUCUACCUAUUCAUUAAAUUUAUUAAAUUAAAUUUUUCUUGGCACGCGAACCGCUUCGACUGAGUUUGUGUGGGGUGUACAGCGAAGGAAGACGACUUUUUAAAAUGCCUUUUAAAAAGUAGGGAAAUGAUGAUGGAUUGGAUGGAUCUAUCCAUCUGCUUUUGUAAAAAGCGAAAAUGGAAGGAAUUGCAGCUGGGAAUUUGUGCUUCUUCUUCCACUUGAAUAUUCAUGUUGUUGCUUCUAUAAAAGUCUGUUAUCACUGUCUGUUCUAUUGAAAAAAGAAAAGGAAUUCAAGUCCGAAAGCAAAAUAUAUUUGUUCUUCACUUUGCACGCAUAAUCAUUCGUUUUUUCGGCUUUUUGUGUUUGGGCACUCUUCUGUGUCGUUAAUCAUUGCUCGCACUAAUAAAUUCCGAGACAUUUUUCCUGCUUUU